AUGGCUGAGAGAAUACCGAGACAAGUAGAUCACCUCACCGCUUUGGUUGGACUCAGUGAUUCUGAUUGUUUGAACAACUUACGAAUGACCUGCGAUGUGUUCAAUAGAUUAUGUUAUUUGUUAAGACAUGGUGUUGGUCUCAAGGAUUCAAAAUACGUGUCCGUUUCAGAAAAGCCGGAACCAGUUGAAGAAAACUCUGUCGACCCCAGGUGGAAGUGGUUUAAGGGUUGUCUGGGUGCAUUGGAUGGUACUCACAUACCAGUACUUGUCCAUUUGGUGGACCAACCCAGAUACAGGAAUCGAAAGGUUGAAGUUCAGCAGCAGAUUGUCGGGUGCUCCGUGAUGCUGUCAGUAGGCCAAAUGGAUUAA